AUGACCAGCCAGCCUCUAGAGGAUACUGCCGAGUCCCCUGUCUCGGACGAACUUGAGUGCAAGAUUUGCUAUAACCGCUACAACCUGAGGCAGAGAAAGCCCAAAGUGCUGGAGUGCUGUCAUCGCGUCUGUGCCAAAUGCCUUUACAAGAUCAUCGACUUUGGAGACUCCCCACAGGGCGUCAUCGUGUGUCCUUUCUGUAGGUUUGAGACCUGCCUCCCUGACGAUGAGGUUAACAGCCUCCCCGAUGACAACAACAUCCUGGUGAACUUGACUUGUGCAGGGAAGGGGAAGAAAUGCCUGCCGGACAAUCCCACAGAGCUAUUGCUGACCCCCAAAAGGCUGGCCUCCCUGGUCAGUCCUUCCCACACUUCGUCCAACUGCCUGGUGAUCACCAUCAUGGAGGUACAAAGAGAGAGCCCGCAGUCUCUGAGCUCAACGCCUGUCGUGGAGUUUUACAGACCCACCAGCUUUGACUCUGUGGCUACCGUGUCCCACAACUGGACGGUGUGGAACUGUACCUCUCUGCUCUUCCAGACAUCCAUUCGAGUGUUAGUUUGGUUGCUAGGGUUGCUCUAUUUCAGUUCCUUGCCCUUGGGGAUCUACUUGCUGGUCUCUAAGAAAGUCACCCUCGGGGUUGUCUUUGUCAGCCUUGUCCCUUCGAGCCUUGUUAUUCUCAUGGUGUACGGUUUUUGCCAAUGUGUAUGCCACGAAUUUCUAGACUGUAUGUCAUCUCCUUCCUAA